UGUUGCGGACUGCAGGUCACUAUUUUACAGGCUGCCUUCCUGCAUCACAUAACGUCUAGACAUGAGAGUGCAGUUCAUCCUGAGACCAUGAGUCAGGGCUCAUCUACACUCGUUCGUUAGAACAUUAGAAAUGCAUUAUAAAAAUGUGACACUAGAGGGAGCUGCAGAGCAGUGAGACUUCGACGAUGGAAAAACCGCACUGAGAGUUAUAUAACAUUAUAGUUAAUAACGUUUUUACAUAUCAGUGUAGAUCCAGCCAAGGAGCAAUGAAAAGAGUGCCUCUGAACUUAGAUGGGGUCACCUCCUUGCAUCGCUAAAGUCCUAGCUGAGCUCCUGCAAAUCCUUGUUUGGGGAAGGAGUUUUGGGGUCAGAAGGCAUUUUCCCUUUGCAAAACAAAUGCAGAAUGAAACAAACAGUAAUUCUAUAUUGGGGAUAAUUAAAUCAGGGAGGAUAAAGUGGCUGAUGUGGGGAAGAGCUGUGGCGUACGAUGGACGGAUCUGGGCGGAUAAAACAUGCCCAGCACCAAGUGACUUUCAGUCUCGCCUGAUAAUCAUUUUUAUUGGGUUUGGGUUUUGUCACCCUGUUGGCUUUCAUUUGCUGCAAGAGAUCCAGAGGCUUUUCCUAAAGGUAUCUAUUCUGAGAAAGAGGCAUCACAUUACACACAUCCAGCCCUAGGAGCCUUUCCCAGACCAAGACUUUGAGAACAGCAGAGGCAGCUGGGAAGAGAGAAGAGGAGUUCAGGGGUGCAUUAUUAUUUUUUAAAAUUAUAAGUUAUGCGCCCUUGUUUCUCCAUUUGAUCCUUUUACAUGGCUUUGCGGUAUUUUAUGCACUGCGACUUGCCAUUACUUUUAUUGAUUAUACCUUAGCAAUUCUUUAUUGUAACUGAUAAGUGUAAACCAUUUAAUGAUUAUUUGCUGAUAUUUAAUUUUACUGUUUUAUAUUCUAAUGGAUUGUUGAAUAUUGUUUUAUUUGAUAUAAGUUGUUUAUUUUAAAGUUAUUGAGACUUUUUUUGCAUUGGAUCAGAUUGUUAUUAUCUUUGCUGCCUAGUUUGUGGUUUCUUCAGCUUGUAAACUGCCUUAUACAGUGGUACCUCAGGUUACAUACACUUCAGGUUACAUACACUUCAGGUUACAGACUCCACUAACCCAGAAAUAGUGCUUCAGGUUAAGAACUUUGCUUCAGGAUGAGAACAGAAAUUGGGCUCCGGCGGCAAGGUAGCAGGAGGAGGCCCCAUUAGCUAAAGUGGUCUUCAGUUUCAGGUUAAGUACGGACCUCCGGAACGAAUUAAGUACUUAACCCGAGGUACCACUGUAUAUAGUAAUAUAGAAUGGCAGUAUACAAAUUAAAUGUGAAAUGAAAAGAAAAUUCCCCCUCACCUGCCCCACUUAGGGAACAUUAUAUUGCAUGGUGAAGUGUGAUGCUCACAUCCUGAGAAAACCACAACAAUAAUGAGUGGAUAUGCUAUAUGGAAUGUGGUUUCACUAUGGCUCCAGGAGGACAAAGGCCACAGAAUACUCUUAAUUUCUUGAUUCAGGAGUUAGGCGCCCCUGCAUGUUUUGAGCAGAGCUCUUAGUCAAGGGGCAAAAGCUAAUUUGCAUCAUUACUUAUCACUUAGGGUGAUUUAACGAGGGCUUUUAAGAGCAAACACAGCAGGUUCUUUGCAAGUGGUUUAAGCCCAGAUUUGCAAAUUGCAUUAGAAACCUACACUCCAACGAUUUGUAGGGAGUUUCAGCUGUCAUGUCAUCCCUUUCCCUUCAUGCAUUGGACAAAAUGUCUGCCUUUUUACAAUUUUAAAAAAAUAAAAACAGCACUAGUAUGUUUAUUUGUUUACAGGUCUGUUAUUCAUCUUGUAAAAACCUAAAUAGAUAAGCAUCAACAGACAUAAAAGAGGCAGAACCUCUCUGAUGAUUGGCUGGGGCGGCUGGGUGAAGGAGAUGUGUUUGUGAUGUCACAGGUACUAGCCAAUUCAGCUGUUCCUUUCCACCCAGCCCAGAAUGCCCACACUGCUAACUUGUAGAAGUGUGUUGCAAGAGCAAUUGGGGUGAAAAGGCUACAUUCAUACUGAACACAGGAAAGGCACUUUCAAACCCGUAGCUCGAAACAUAUUGCUGCAUGCCACCCCAAUCUCCGAGAGCUGCAAGAUUCCAGGGCUCAGUCUCCUUGGAAUGAGGGACAGCGGAGACAGUGGUGUCUUUAUGAUAUAGUGGUACCUCUGGUUAUGAACUUAAUUCGUUCCGGAGGUCCGUUCUUAACCUGAAACUGUUCUUAACCUGAGGUACCACUUUAACUAAUGGGGCCUUCUGUGCCCCAGUUUCUGUUCUCAUCCUGAGGUAAAGUUCUUAAUCCAAGGUACUACUUCCGGGUUAGCGAAGUCUGUAACCCAAAGUGUUUGUAACCCGAGGUGUUUGUAACCCGAGGUACCACUUUAUAUGGUUCCUUUCAACACUCCCUUCCCUCUUGUGUCUUUUCCUUAGUGUCUUUUCCUUAGCUGGAGCGUUUUUUUGCUCCUCCUUUUCUUCUAAUUUCUCUCCUCAUUGCUUUAGUCUUCCUGUCUCCUCUCCUUGCAAGUUCACUAUCUUUACCUCCCCCUUCCCAGGCAGCCUCCUUUAUUGCUAGCGUCCCUUAUCUCGCUCCCGAUCACUUGCCGAUCAGCGGCUUUGUUUCAACACCCACUUUCCUCUCCCCCCCCCAAAAAAAGCAUGAUUUGCUUUUAGCCCCUGGGCAAUUUGGCUCCAGCAACCACGCAUUCGCUCCAUACGAUGCACAGACAUUUCCCCUUACUUUUUAGGAAGAAAAAAGUAUGUCUCAUGGAGCAAAAAAUAUGGUAUAUACAAUCUGAGCCUAUGAUGGAGGGGCUCACAGCAUUAAAGUCUUUCUCCUCCCAUAGCCACAGCCUUGGAUUCAAGCAGAAACCAAACAUGUCUCUCCCUCUCAGGCUUCUGUCGGCAGCCUGAUUCUAGCCCAGCUCUCUCUCACACCUUUGGCCCUUGUCCUUCUCACCGACAGUCAGGUGAGGGAGAAGAGCCCACCCAUUUGCUCUCUGGCACAAAGCCACUUCCUUUGUUACCCUAAUGACCCAUAUUAGGGAGCCAUUAAUUCACCAUACAGGACGCGGGUGGCGCUGUGGGUUAAACCACACAGCCUAGGACUUGCCGAUCAGAAGGUCAGCGGUUCGAAUCCCCGCGAUGGGGUAAGCUCCCGUCGCUCGGUCCCUGCUCCUGCCCACCUAGUAGGCCGAAAGCACGCCAAAGUGCAAGUAGAUAAAUAGGUACCGCUCCGGCGGGAAGGUAAACGGUGUUUCCGUGCACUGCUCUGGUUCGCCAGAAGCGGCUUAGUCAUGCUGGCCACAUGACCCGGAAGCUGUAUGCCGGCUCCCUCGGCCAAUAAAGCGAGAUGAGCGCCGCAACCCCAGAGUUGGCCACGACUGGACCUAAUGGUCAGGGGUCCCUUUAAUUCACCAAGGAAUUAAUGCUGGAUCCAAGAAUUAGAAGGGGCUCAGGCAUACAGCCUACCCCCCCUGCCCAAACUCACAACACUCUCAUAUUUACAGUUAUCUUAAUUGUCCAUAUUCUAGCAACAUUCCUGCUUAUAUUCCUUCAUACAAAGCAUGAAGGUACAGAUAUCUGGGUUGUGUGGUUCCUUUUUAUUUUUAUACUUUUGUGAUUUUAGAUGGUGUAUAUACACACAUACAAGUGUGCCAAUAAUUACUUAAUUUGUAUGCAGGAUUAUAACAAGCAACGUUAGUAUUAUGUUGUGCGCUGAUGACAUGCAAACACUUCUAUUUCUCCUUUGCCCCUGGAUCUGCACCAGGCGACAACCUCGCGUUCCAAAGAAGGCCUUUGCGAAUGAAUCUCAGAAGGAUUCAAGUGAGAGAAGUGGUGUAAAAGAACAGGAGCUGACGCUGGCUGAGCAAUCACUCAUCACCAGCUCUAUUGAGAAGCCCGUCUUCCCUUCUGAGCAACCCUUCUGUAUCCUGACGCUCAGGCUGCUACUGGUGCAAGGAGAGAUGAAGAAAGCUACAAUGAGCUUCCCCACGGAGUCCAUCUUUGCCUUCAAAGCUGCCUGCUAUUCUCUCUCUACCUUGUUAGAGAGGAAGAGAAUUGGCGAAAGAGAAAGAGAGCAGAUUCAUCAACAAGCCCAGGCAAUUCUGAAGCCCAGCAGCGAUGAUGCCAGGCAUUCACCAUCCUUCGCCUGCUCUUUGUGAAGCGUUUCAAGGCAGAGGCGCCAAUAAAUCCUUGGCUCGUUUUUCAGUUGCAC